AUGGUUUCUCGAGAAUUUUUACUAGAAUUACCAAAGUGUGAGCACCACUUACAUUUGGAAGGCACCUUGGAACCAGAUCUAUUGUUCCCAUUAGCUAAAAGAAAUAAUAUCACCCUACCAGAGGUUUUUCCUAAAUCAGUGGAGGAGUUAAAAGACAAAUAUGGAAAAUUUAGGGAUUUACAGGAUUUCUUAGAUUACUAUUAUAUCGGUACAAAUGUCUUGAUCAAGGAACAAGAUUUCUUCGAUUUGGCAUGGGCUUAUUUUGAAAAAGUUUACAAACAAGGCUUGUUUCAUGCUGAAGUUUUUUAUGACCCUCAAUCUCAUACUUCCAGGGGAAUCUCUCUAGAGACGGUCACUAAGGGUUUUCAAAGAGCUUGCGACAAAGCUUUAGUUGAAUUCGGUAUUACAUCAAAGCUGAUAAUGUGUUUAUUGAGGCAUAUCGAACCAGAAGAAUGUUUGAAAACUAUUGAAGAGGCUGCCCCAUUCAUUGAAGAUGGCACCAUUUCUGCCUUAGGUUUAGAUUCUGCUGAACGGCCAUUUCCUCCAAACUUAUUUGUAGAAUGUUACCAGAAAGCGGCCUCAUUAAACGAAAAUUUAAGAUUAACUGCACAUGCAGGUGAAGAAGGCCCUGCUCAAUUUGUCUCAGACGCUUUAGACUUGCUACAAGUGACACGCAUUGAUCAUGGUAUCAAUAGUCAACAUGACGACGAACUAUUAGAUAGAUUGGCUCGUGAUCGGACCUUGCUAACCAUCUGUCCUCUUUCCAACGUCAAGCUACAGGUCGUCAAAUCUGUCUCCGAAUUACCGUUGCAGAAAUUCCUCGACAAAAAUGUACCAUUUUCCUUGAACUCCGACGAUCCAGCUUAUUUCGGUGGCUACAUAUUGGAUAAUUACAUUCAAGUUUCAAAAGAUUUCCCACACUGGGAUCAUGAGACUUGGGGUCAUAUUGCUAAGAAUGCCAUCAAUGGUUCUUGGUGCAACGAUAAAAGAAAGAACGAUUUGUUGGAUAAAGUGGAUCAAGUAGUCGCUAAGCAUUCCAUUUAA